AAUAUCAGCAGCACAGAGACGCGUGAAGCACGAGGCUUGAAUGCUCCAGCUAAAAUGAGCACAGAUGGACGAUAAGCGGCUGAAGGGCGAUGCAGACCUGUAGUUCGCUUUUUGGCGUCUGUGUUUCCUCUUGUUCAAACCAAGACACUGCCAGAACUGUAACCAGCAGCACACACACUCCCCGUGACUGACGGACUGACUGACUGACUGACUGACGGACGGACUGACGGACUGACUGACUGGCUGGUACUCGGCAUGACAUGCACAUAAACUGUCCGGUCAUUUUCAUGGGGCUCCUACGGAUCAUGAUGCCGCCCAAGUUUCAGCUCCUGGCUGUGCUUGCUUUCGGAGUGGCCGUGCUGUUAAUCGAGAACCAGAUACGGAAACUGGAGGAGUCUCGGGAAAAGCUGGAGCGCACAAUAGCCAGACAUGAGGUGCGUGAGGUGGAGCAGAGACAGACACACGAUGUGGUCAAAGACUGGCCAGCACUGGCUGAGAGUGAUGAUCAGGUCAUCAUCUACAACCGUGUGCCCAAAACGGCCAGCACGUCCUUCACCAACAUCGCCUAUGACCUGUGUGGAAAGAACCGCUUCCAUGUCCUACACAUCAACACCACCAAGAACAACCCCGUCAUGUCCCUACAGGACCAGGUGAGGUUUGUGAAGAAUGUGACGACCUGGAAGGAGAUGAAGCCAGGCUUUUACCAUGGCCAUGUAGCCUAUCUGGACUUCUCCAAGUUUGGUGUGAGGGGGAAGCCCAUCUAUGUCAAUGUGGUGCGGGACCCCAUUGAGCGGCUGGUGUCCUACUACUACUUCCUGCGCUUUGGAGACGACUACAGGCCCGGCCUUAGAAGAAGAAAACAGGGAGACAAGAAGACUUUUGAUGAGUGUGUGUCGUCGGGGGGAUCUGACUGCGCUCCUGAGAAACUCUGGCUGCAGAUCCCAUUUUUCUGCGGCCAUUAUUCUGAGUGCUGGAACGUGGGCAGCCGCUGGGCUCUGGAGCAAGCCAAGUAUAACCUGGUGAAUGAGUAUCUGCUAGUGGGUGUGACGGAGGAGCUGGAGGACUUUAUCAUGAUGCUGGAGGCAGCGCUGCCGCGAUUCUUCAGAGGGGCCACUGAACUCUACCGAACAGGUAAGAAGUCCCAUCUGAGGAAGACGAGUGAGAAGAAGCCCCCCACUAAAGAGUCCAUAACCAAGCUGCAGCAGUCGGACAUAUGGAAGAUGGAGAAUGAGUUUUACGAGUUCGCUCUGGAGCAGUUCCAGUUCGUCCGAGCUCACGGCGUCCGGGAAAAGGACGGAGAACUGUACGUGCUGGCUCAGAACUUCUUUUACGAGAAGAUCUACCCAAAGGUGAACUGAAAUUGGCAUUCGCAAGGACAGCUGAGAGCACAGCUCCCUGAAGCGUGCUCUUUGCCCUUUGGCCUCUGUAUUUUCUGUCUUACACACUGGGAAGAGAGGAGAAUGACUCCAGGAGAACCUGCAGUGUGGGACUGUAAACGUGUAGAGACCAGCUGUGCUGAGAGAAAAGCUCAAUGAUGUGUGAAUAGAAGCCUAUUUAGAGCCUUUGGGGAAGGGGUUGGUUUUAACCUGUUCUGUCUCAAUACAGCAGCUGCCUACUGUAUAUAUGAGAGAGAAGGUUUAAGAUGUCCCCUGAUUUAAGCUUGCAUUGGGCCCUAAGGAGCACAUUGACUCCCUACAGUGAUGACUACAGAAACUGUUUUAAAAUGUUUUCAGCACAUGUUUUCAGUUAACUGUUGCCCUAUUUCACAAUUUCAAAACAACAGGUAGGACACAUUGAGUUAUAGUUUUUGAAAGGGAAGAAACAGGGUGAAAAAGGGGGUCGACUUUUUUGUACCAGAAAGCGGUGCAUUAAAAGCACCUUUUCAUUUUACCACAACGUGUUGUUCUUGAGCGUUCUUAGCUUUUUUUUCUUCUGCAUUGUGUAUAUUCUUCUUUUUUAUGAUAGAAUGCCAUGUACAGUGUUUACAGACUUUAGUAACGAAAAAAAAAGAAAGUAUAGCUCAGAUGAAAGAUGGUCAAAUAGAAUUCAGAUGUACAUAUUGUAUUUACACAAACCUAUUUUAUGUAAUCGGACCAAAUGGUUAUAAAGUGAACAAAAUCGUAGAAGUUGACCGUUAGCAUUAGCGUGUACAGACAAUAAAGUUUGUAUCUUUCAGUAAAAAAAAGAAAACAUUUGAGAAGUAUUGUCUUUGGCAUUCAUAUAUUUGUAGGUUUGUUUGUUUUUUUUUGUUGGUUUGAUUUUCAUUAUGGUAAUACGGCAGAAUAUUCCACUUGACCACUAAGGUGAAUAUCAUCCUAUACAAUACAAUGAGAUUCUUCUUAAUGUAGGACACUGAAACACAACUGCCUUUACUCUUAUGGCAAGGAGCUUAUGGAUUCUAGGAGUGUAGCAGGAGAUCUGCUGGGCUGAUGUGCUUUUGGAAACCCAGGCCAUGGGUGGUGAUUUUGUUGGCUCCUUCGCUGAAAAAUCUACCAUUUCUCAGUGGUUUUGGGUGGACUGUGUUUGUCCCUUCUCUAAGCCUCUGAAUGAGGAUCCUGGGAAAAGAGAUUGUGGUGUCAGUGACAGAAUCUACUGGAAUAGCCAUCAGAACUCAUCUGGAAUCGUCUGUCUCCCCGUAUGUGACAUGCACUCUCAACUCGCCAUCAGCUCCACACUCAAUAGUGCCUUCAUAGCCGAACAUUCAACAUUCGUUAUCCAAAUGGUGCAAACGUCAGACUUUUCUAGUCGGUUUUUCUGCCAGCUUUCUUUUCGGUUGUUAUUGGUUAUUGUCCCACUUGUUUUCUUGGUCCAAAUGGUCUUUAAUGCAUUUCAAAUAAAUGCUGAAAUGUCACUGA